CGCCGCGCCGCCGCAGCUCUCGCGAGACCUGCCGAGCCGCCAGUCAAGGACCGGCCGAAAAAUGUCCCGAAUUUUCUCGAGGCGUCGAACGGCGGCGGCGGCGGUCAGUUAUCUACACAGAUUUCAGAGCACUCUGGUAAUAGUAGAGCACAACAAUGAGAAACUGACUCCCGUUACACUGAAUGCCAUCACAGCUGCCAAGCAGCUUGGGGAGGUGACCUGUUUGGUUGCUGGCACAGACUGUGCCAAGGUGGCGGAAGAGAUCAGUAAAGUGCAGGGUGUGAAGAAGGUGCUCAUAGCUCAGAAUGAUAUAUUCAAAGGUUUUCUACCAGAGGAGCUCACUCCACUGGUGCUGGCCACACAGCAGCAAUUUAAAUUCACGCACAUCUGCGCAGGGGCUUCUGCCUUUGGAAAGAAUCUUGUUCCCAGGGUGGCUGCCAAACUCGAUGUUGCCGCAAUCUCUGACAUCAUUGAAAUCAAGGCACCGGAUACAUUUGUCAGACCUAUCUAUGCAGGAAAUGCCUUGUGCACAGUGAAGUCCAGCGAUGAGGUGAAGGUUUUCUCGGUGCGAAGCACUGCUUUCGAAGCUGCUCCUACAAAUGGAGAAACAGCGAGUUCUGAGCAAGUUUCUUCGCCUCCUGGAGCAGGGUUGUCUGAGUGGCUUGGACAAAGCCUAUCUAAAAGUGACCGUCCAGAGCUGACAAGUGCAAAAACUGUUAUAUCUGGUGGUCGUGGACUGAAGAGUGGGGACAACUUCAAAUUGCUCUACGACCUGGCAGACAAGAUGAAUGCUGCAGUUGGUGCAUCACGAGCCGCUGUGGACGCAGGAUUUGUACCCAAUGAUAUGCAGGUUGGACAGACCGGCAAAAUCGUAGCCCCUGACCUCUACAUUGCUGUUGGGAUUUCGGGAGCGAUACAACACCUAGCGGGCAUGAAGGACAGCAAGACAAUUGUAGCCAUCAAUAAGGAUCCUGAAGCUCCCAUUUUUCAGGUAGCUGACUAUGGUUUGGUGGCAGAUCUCUUUAAGGCAAUCCCAGAGAUGACAGCCUUGUUGGAGAAGUGAUGCGAAGGUCUGCAAUCCCAACAGAUGACCAGAUGCUUAUUUAAUUGUCAGGGCUACACAGUUCAAAUCUUACCUGCAGGUGAUACGAACAGUAGUCAGCACACAAUUAUAUUCAAACAUUAUUUUUGAUGCGUCCCAAUAAUUUUGUCUCUAUUGACCUGAUGGAUGACAGUAGAAAAUCUAUCAUCUAUGGCAUACAGUUCCAGGUUUUUAAUGAUAACUAAAUAUAUUUCAUUAAGAAAACAGAAUAAUUUCAAGUGAUGCUUUCAUUAAUCUAUUUUGUUUUCUUGUCCUGCCCUUUGCCUUCUACAUUCUCAUUCAUGAAUGAGAGAGUGGGCAGGAUCUCCUCGCUCCCAGGCCUUUUCUAAUUCUUGCUACAGCUGGCUUCUAAGAUGUAUGAGAGUUCCUCAGGUGGAAUCCUGAAAUUUGUCUUUCCUCCUUGAUUUCACUUGAGACUUCCCUACGACACCAUAGAGAUAGGAAACUUGUGAUUUGUAACUAUGGACCUGGGUCUUACCAUUUUGCACAUCACUACCAUAGCUUUGUGGCUACUUUUAUGUGUUUGUUUCAGGCACAGUCCUGAUGAUGAUACCUGGCAAAUUCCUGAGAGCAUUAAUUGAGCAAAUUAUUGUUUGGGAUUGUGGCCCUCAACAAAAAACAAAUAACAUUGUUCUGCAGCCACUGAUGCGACAUUGCUUUUCCUCUUCAUUAUAAAGAAUGUCAGGCUAGAGUAGACCAUUGGUCCAUCGUUGUACAACGCACAAUUUUGUACAAUUAUUGUACAUCUAAGGGGUGAGGAGAUGACUCAGCAACUCCAGUUCUGCAUAGAGUGAUCUUCUGAAGUGAUGUGCUAGUACAGUUGAGAGCAAGCGAUGGAGAUAAGUGACUAGAUUAUUCAGAUGCAUCCUUAAGUGCCUGGUAAUAGAAGGGACCUGGGACAGUAUUGUUUGCAAUCCCAAUUGGUGGAUCCUUUCUUUCUUAAGGUAAUGUGUGGGCGGGGGAGGGGGAUUGUGUUUCUUAACAUAUCUGUGAGACAUGAUGGAAAUGUAAUUGUCACAGAAUAACUUAAAAUAUAAAUUUUUUAACCAUAAUGUACAUCGUAAAGUUCAGAUUUCAUUGUGAUAACUGUGGAUGAAUAAAUUGCAUUGAUUGUCACGUUUGUUGAUUUUCUUGCGUGAAUGCCCCUGUACAUUUGUAAUCUGAAGCUCAAGGAAAGAACUAAAAGAAAUGAAUUACAAA